AUGGUUGUGGAAGACACCGAUGGCUAUUGGGACAUUGUUGUGUCGUCAUUGCAAGACAUUUGCAACGCCAACGAGUCGUUGUCGUUCGACGACAUUUUCGAAAAAUACAACGAGCCCAAAUUGCAAGAACUCGAUUCUAUCGAGGUGGAAGCGCUCAAAGAGGAAAUCAAUGAUCACAUGAUGAACAUCGGCACAGCGUCAAGGUUGAUCGACACGUGCCAGAUGAACCUACAAACCUUGAUCUCCACGGCGGAAAAGGCCCAACAACAGCAGCAGCAGCAGCUUCAACAAUCAAGCCAAACGGCCAGUUUGCCCAGAAAUUCGAAAGCACAGUCGGGCGGCAAAAUCGGCAAGACGCAUGGGAAAAAAGGCAGCCCGAAGUAUGGGCGGAUCUAUUGGGUCUCGAAGUACGAUCCUCUGGAGCCAGUGAUGGUUGGAUCUGAAGUGGCGUAUAAGCUUAGAAACAGACACUUUGAGGAGUGGAUCCAGUGUGAAGUCACCAAGAUCUUGGGCGACGGCACGAAAUUCGAGGUUCGUGACCCGGAACCAGACGAGAAUAACAACCCGGGCCAGACAUUCAAGGCAAACUACAAGGAGCUUCUUCUUAUUCCCACCAAAGCCGAGGUUGCGGGCCUACUAUCCUAUCCAUACGGAACCAAGGUUUUGGCGCGGUACCCGGAAACCACAACGUUUUAUCCUGCUGUGGUUGUGGGCUCGAAAAAGGACGGCACUGUACGUCUUAAAUUUGACGGAGAAGAAGAGGUCAACAAAGAAACCGAGGUUGAGCGCCGGCUUGUGUUGCCCUUUCCAGAAAAGUAA